UGCCUCAUCCAUGGCGGAGCUCCUCCUAAAACACUCCGACGCCGCCGCUUUCCUCCUCACAGUUGUCACGUUAACUUCGUCCUUCGCCGCCUUAGGAUCCGACUCUUUCUCUCAAAACAUCUCUCCAUUGUCCCUGGGGCUAAACAAACCGGAGAAACUAAGCCAUCUCCAUUUCUACUUCCACGACAUCGUCGUCGGCAAAAACGCCACCGCCGUCCGCGUAGCCCAAGCACCGACGACGACCGCGGCGUCGCCGUUCGGUGUGGUGGUGGUUCUCGACGACCCUUUGACGGUCGGCCCCGAUAUAGGGUCCGAACUCGUGGGAAAAGCGCAAGGGAUCUAUGCUUUCGCGUCGCAGACUGACUCUAGCUUGCUGGUGGCGUAUAACUUUGCUUUCAUGGCGGAGGAAUACAACGGAAGCAGCCUUACCAUUUUGGGGCGAAACACGGUGUCUUCGGCCGUGAGAGAGAUGCCGGUGGUCGGCGGCAGUGGGACUUUCCGGUUUGCUCGUGGAUAUGUCGAAGCAAGGACGGAGAGUUUUGAUCUCAAAACUGGGAACACUGUUGUUGAAUAUAAUGUUUAUGUUUUACAUUAUUAAA